AUGCCCGAAGUGCCCCCUCUAUCAUCACUACGCCGCGUUGCGCCUGUCAACAAGACAAAACCUACAGCUCCUGCUGCUGCUCCUGCUCCUGCUCCCCCGAAACCCCUCGCAUCCAAAGCCCCAACCGAUAAAGAUGAUGACUUAACGAUCAUCUCUUCCGAUGAUUCGGUCUUCAAUGUACCAGGAAUACCAAUUUCUAAAGUCAGCCGUCCAAACGCAUUUGCGACAACAAAACCAAACACCGCAAAACCUCCCUCAAAGCCAACCGUUGCCCACGACGUUGAUGUCUUCUUCCAAGAAGAUGAUUUUGAUAGCACUGUCAAUUUCGACGACUCCGUCCUGGAAUUGCCUCCCGCGAAGAGGCAGCGAUUGUCGCCUCCCCCAAAAGCUGCGCCGUCCAAAUCUACAGGAUACAAGCGUUCGGUCUCGAAUAUCGAAACAUCCUCCAAAGGUGCUACUUCACGAACUCUUUCUGCGCCUGUAUUAAAAAGGGCGAGGACUACUUUGGAAGAUGAUGAGAUUCUAUUUACCAGCUCCCCGGAUCCGUAUCUAGAGGCGAGGAAGCGACGGAAUCAGAAGAAAAAAGCGGACAAGGAAUUGGAUGAUUUUGAUGAUGUCUUCGGUCUGGACUCUCCGCGAGCUAUCCCGGGCCGUUUUGUUGAAAUAUCUGAUUCUUCUGAGGAGUUUCCUGAUGUUGAUGAUAUACCUAUGACUGCUCCAGUUAAGCUAGUCAAGGCAAAACCUUCCAAGACUAGUUCUCCCAAAGGAAAGAGUUCGGAAGCGGCUCUAGCGAAGUACCACAGAGAGAGAGCUGCCGAGAAGAAGGUGACUGAGAAAGCUCAAGCAGCCAAGGCAAAAGAACUAGAAAAGAAAGAUAAGAGUGUUGCUAAAGAAGCCGAGAAAGAACGAAAAGCCUUGGAGAAGGAAAAAAAGAAAUGGGAGAAGGAAAGAAACCAGGAACUCGCCAAGGUCAACGUUUCUCGCAACGACAAGAAGAUCUCGACCUCGGAGAUGAUUGUAGAAAUGUCGUCGGGACUGGACUCUAUCGUUGCGGAUGUGGUUCGAAAGCAGUUAGAUCCUUUGCAAGUUGAGCAUUCGACCUGGGAUGAGACAGCUCCAAUCGUUAAGUGGAAGAGAAAGGUGCAAGCCAAAUACGAUCGUGAAAAGGGGCAUUGGGUACCAACUCAUGCGCAUAUCAAAGUCGAGGAGCAUAUCAUCUAUGUCAUGACCGCCGAGGAAUUCGUUGAAAGAGUUACCGCUGAUGAAGGGGCUGACAUCGACAUUCACGUUCUAUGUCUCAAGGCAAAGUUCAAUUCGUGUAAGAUUAUAUACCUAGUCCAAGGGUACACUAUCUGGACCAGGAAGAACAGGAAUUUCAAAAACCGCAAGUUCAUGGAGAGUGUGAAUAGUCAGAUCCCCCAGGAAGCACCAACAGCUACUCAGCGGAGCAGGAGAAAGGAGCAUAAAUAUGUGGAUGAGAAUAUAUUAGAAGAUGCCUUGUUAAGACUACAGGUCAUUCAUGGAGCUAUGAUUCAUCACGUUAUGCUGAAGCAUGAGACUGCCGAGUGGAUCGUCACGUUCACUCAGCAUAUAUCUACUAUUCCUUACAAAACACAAAAAGACCUCCUCGACAGCGCAUUCUGCAUGGACUCGGGCCAAGUCAAAUCCGGCGAAGACGCCAACGAUACCUACAGCAAGAUGCUGCAAGAAAUCAUCCGCAUCACGGCCCCCGUUGCAUACGGCAUCAUGGCCGAGUAUCCUUCGGCGCAGAAGCUGGUUAAGGGGCUGAAGGAUGAUGGGCCGUUGGCGUUGGAGGACUGCAGGAAAAUGGCUAAUAAGAAUGGCGCUUUUACGGAUAGGAGGGUUGGGCAGGCCAUUUCGAGGCGUGUGCAUAGUGUUUUUACGGGGAGGGAUCCGGGCAGCUUUGAUGUUUGA